AAGCUAAAUCAAAACACCUAACAAUUCAACAGUAUGUAGAAUAAUGGAAAUCUUUCUAUUAAUGUUAGUGGAUUCAUCGAAACACCUGAACUGAUACAGAAAGGAUUCUAGUUGUUGCAUUGAAAUUUCACCGAGCUUCAAUUUAAAAGCUCUUCACACUUUCAGUGAAAUGGAAUCAUAUGAUGCCCAAAACAUCCUACGCAUCAAGGAAGAACCAUUAAACAACCCAGUAGCGUUUGUGUCUCCAACAAUAGAUUUCCAAAAGCCACACCAUUGCGAGAUAUGUGGUAAACAAUUUACCCGUAAAAGUUAUUACGACAGACAUGUUUUGAAGCAUGGAAACGAAAAACCAUUUAGUUGCGAUCUUUGCGAAAAGAAGUUUUUAUUCAAGAGUGCCUUAAAAGCCCAUAUGGUCGUCCACACUGAUGUCAAACCGUAUAAAUGCACUAUUCGCGGAAAAGAUUUUGUUGCUAAACACUUUCUAGCCGUACAUAUGUCUAAGCACACGGAAGAUUAUCCACAUAAAUGUGAUGUGUGCGGCAAAGGAUUCAUUUCUAGUUCACUUUUGAAGAGACACGAGACCAUUCAUACAGGUGAAAAUCCGUACAAAUGCCCUGUCUGCGAAAAAGAUUAUUCGAGUAAAGGCGAUCUAACGCGGCACAUGUUUACUCACGGGACCAUAUAUCAACAUAAUUGCGAUGUGUGUGGUAGAGGUUUUCAUGAUCGUUCAAAUUUCAAGAACCACAUACGCAUCCACACAGGAGAGCGACCGUUCAAAUGCAGUAUAUGUGACAAAGAUUUCAUUCGUCAAACUCAUCUUGUGGAACACAUGCGCCAUCAUACAGGUGAGCGACCAAAUCAAUGCAAUGUUUGCAAAAAAACUUUUACCACUAAACGGAGUCUCAACCAACACAUGUCUGUUCAUACGGGUGAAUAUCGACAUAAGUGCGAUGUGUGUGGCAAAGGAUUCACUACUAGCACAUUUUUGAAGAUACACAAGAAUAUUCAUACGGGUGAGCGCCCAUUUAAGUGCACAGUAUGCGAAAAAGGUUUCUCUAGUAAACGUGUUCUUACCCGUCACAUGUUUAUUCAUGGAACCGACUAUCAUUACAAGUGCGAUGUGUGUGGCAAAGGCUUCCAUGAUCUGUCAAACUUUAAGGUCCACGAACGCAUUCAUACCGGUGAACGACCGUUUAAAUGCACUAUAUGUGACCAAGAUUUCAACUGCCAAAGCCAUCUUGUAAAGCACAUGCGACGUCAUACAGGCGAAAGGCCGUACUCGUGCACUAUAUGCGGCAGAGAUUUCAUUGCUAAAAACAAUCUAACCGAACAUAUGUCCAUUCAUAAUGAUGAUUACAGGCAUACAUGUGAAGUGUGUGGUAAAGGAUUCAUGAGCAGUUCACAUUUAAAAGGACACGCAAAUAUUCAUAAUGGAGAACGGCCUCAUAAAUGUACUGUUUGUAACAAAGGUUUUACUCGCGAAGACUAUUUAAUCGGUCACAUGAGGGUUCAUCAGAGGUAAGUAAUAUAUAAUAGCAAAUUUGUAUGUUUUUUAACAAAGGUUAGAUGUUGUUAUAAACCAUCAGGAAUUGUAAAAAAAUAUACUUCAUCACAUUCUACAA